ACCGAGCGGACGGCGCUCGGCGUACGUGUGGGGUUCGGCUCCAGCCGCGGGUCGGUGCAGCAGGAGCUGCUGCUGCUUGUUCUGCUGCUGCAACCGCUGCAACAGCUGCUCCCACCGUGCGUCGCUGCAUCCCGGCGGCUGGAGCGGCAGCAGGGAGCCGGGCAUCCGCACGCAGCGGGGACAUGUUGCGAGAUUCCCGGACGUCGCAUCCGUAAUCCCUGGCAUGGAGCAGCGGGCGGCCGAGAGGGCUGGAGGCUGGUAGCGCCAGCAGCAGCGCUCCUCUUCUCCGCUUCGCCCCGCUGUUGGAUCCGAGAUCAUGUCAGUUAAUAUUGUAGCUUUCGGGAAUGAGAGAGACGUGCUUUCUGAAGACAGCCAGCAGUCGAGUCUGAUGUGGAGCUAUCUCAGGAGGAGCGCUCUCAUUUCCGAGAUCGACAGCAGCCCGUCCGCCGAGCACGCCAGGAGCCCCGUCACCACCGAGUACCAAGCCUGCGUCUUCGGCAAUGUCAGGCUGGUGGUGCACGACUGCCCGCUCUGGGAUAUAUUUGACAGUGACUGGUAUACCUCUCGCAGUCUCAUUGGAGGAGCUGAUAUUAUUGUGAUUAAAUACUCUGUCAAUGACAAGACUUCAUUUCAAGACUUAAAGGACAGUUAUGUUCCAAUGAUAAAAAAGGCAUUAAACCACUGUUCAGUUCCAGUAAUAAUUUCUGCUGUUGGUGCAAGAAAAAACGCAGUGCCCUGUACGUGCCCACUGUGCACUCUGGACAGGAGGAGCUGCGUCACUACUUCUGAAGGGGCCCAGCUGGCCAAGGAGUUUGGAGCCACCUACCUGGAGCUGCAUGCUCUCAAUGACUUCUACAUACAAAAAUACUUUGGAGGCGUGCUGGAAUAUUUUAUGAUCCAAAGUUUGAAUCAGAAGUCAUCUGAGAAAAUGAAGAAAAGAAAAAAGACCCAGAAGUGCCAUAGAGUGCAGCCACCUCAGCUGGAACAGCCAGACUGCUUCUUAACUCUCACAGAAAAAAUGCCCAUUCUAAAAGGCGAAGCCUCGCACUAUGACUCCGACCUGCACAACUUGCUAUUCUGCUGCCAGUGUGCAGACGUGGCCUUUUACUCAGAAGACUCCAGCAAAGUGGUGAAAGCUCACAAGGUCAUCUUGUGCUCGGUGAGCCACGUCUUCAUGUUGCUCUUUGAUGUGAAGAGUCCGGCGGACAUCCACGACCCCUCCAUCCUGCGCACAGCACAGAACCUGUUUGCAGUGGAGGCUGGGGCUGGGCUGCUCACUCCUCAUGGUGUGCCACCGUGCAGUGUGCCUGUCAGGGUGGUCGUUAAGGACUCUGACUUCUGUUCCUGUCUGUCGGACAUCCUGCACUUCAUCUACUCAGGUGCUUUCCAGUGGGAGAGAUUAGAGGAAAAUAUAAAAAAGAAGAUGAAAGAUUCUGAAAAAACUGAACAUGUGCUUGAGAAAGUUAAAUGUAUCCUGAAAACUCCGGAGAAGGUAAACAGUUUGCGGGACUGCCAAUCUCACCAGAUAAAGCGGCUGUACAGUACCUCGCUCAGGCUGUUCUUUAACACGCCUGUCCUGGCAGAUGUCAUCUUCACAAUACAAGGUGCAACUGUACCAGCCCACAGAGCAGUUCUGGUAGCUCGCUGUGAGGUAAUGGCAGCUAUGUUUAAUGGUAAUUAUCUAGAAGCAAAUAGUAUUCUGGUUCCAGUGUAUGGGGUUUCCAAAGACACUUUCCUCUCCUUUCUAGAGUAUCUCUAUACCGACUCCUGCUGUCCAGCCAGUAUUCUCCAAGCUAUGUCCCUCUUGAUCUGUGCGGAGAUGUACCAAGUAAUGAGGCUCCAGCAUAUCUGUGAGCUCUACAUUAUCACACAGCUCCAGAGCAUGCCUAGCAGAGAACUGGCAUCCACAAGUCUCAGCAUUGUUAGCUUGCUCAAAAAAGCUAAGUUUCACAAUUCUGAUUGCCUUUCCACUUGGCUUCUUCAUUUUAUUGCCACUAACUACCUCAUCUUCAGCCAAAAGCCUGAAUUUCAAGAUCUUUCAGUGGAGGAGCGCAGUUUCGUAGAGAUGCACAGAUGGCCAUCCAGUAUGUACCUGAAGCAACUUGCUGAAUACAGGAAUUACAUCCACUCUCAGAAAUGCCACUGCACAAUAAUGUAAGGAGACUGCACAUUCUGGAAGUACAUCUCAGCUAGGAAAUGUCUAAAUGGGGAUCAUAUGAAGUACAAUAAAUGUAUCAGCAGAAAAAAUGAACACUGAUGUGCCCUUGAACACUGUAUGCAACACUGUAGCACACUUAAUAUAUGCUUCAAUUUGGUAAUAAACGAUUCUGCUUUUUUUUCCUUAAAGCCGUAAGAAAUGUGUCAUGAGGAAUUUUUGAGGGAUGAUGAUUUCACAUUUACAGGGUUUAAACUGGGUCAUGUCAUCACUGACAUCUGUUCCACUUUUUAAUUGGAUGUCAUGGUCAUUUUCAGCUAUUAAGGUGUUGAAAAUGUAUUUUUUUCUAAAUCUGUGUAUAGUAGGAAUAAGAUCAUCAUUGCUUGGAUGCUGAGAGGCCAAUUCAUAAUAUCUCAGAAUACUAAAAUUUACUGCAAUUUAUUGGUUUGCAAAAUAAAGAGUAAGAUUAAUAUAUGCCUCAGUAAGCUUUAAUUUGCUAUUCCACCUUAAAUUUUUCCCUUCUUUCAGUAGGAAUCUUAUAGUCAUAUAAUCAGACAUUUUAAUCCUGGGGAAUGCUAUGCAUCAGUAUAUUCUUUAGUGCCUGCCAAAUGUCUAGAAAUAAAAAUACUUUUUCCUCCCAGUAAGUAAGAUAAGACAGCCUGCUUUCAUCUGUAGAGCACUUUUGUUAGAGAGGUCAUACUGUAUGUCCAUACUUUCUGAAUGCGUGGUUACUUUCUCAGAUACAAGAAGUGAAUCUUGAAUACUGUGCAAAGGGUGACUCUUCAACAGCACACAGCCUUUAAGGGUAUGUUCUUUGGAUCACAGAUCUGAAUUAUUCAUUUCUCUUACCAUUAAUAUUGUAGUAGGUAUUACUGUUAUGAGAAAUGAACCAACAUUUACACUGAGAAUAUCUAUCUGAGUGUAGCAUUAUUAUCAGUCUUCUUGUACUUUUUUUUCCAAUUCUACUUUGCCAUUUACCCUUAGUUUUCUUAUGUGUUAUCUGAACCUAGAAAGACAAAGGAAAGACAAAGAAAAAAUACUGAGUGUUUCCCCAAAGUUCAGAGCAGAGCAUCUCAGAUGUACCAAGAAACUGUCUGUGAGAUGAAGGUGGCACUGCAAAUUGCUGGAGCUGAAUCCUUUCUGCUUACAUGAUCAUUUUUUUCUAACAUUCCUUUAAAUUUUCAUAGGCAAAUUCUUCUUUUCAAAUUCCACGCUAGAAUCAAAGGAAUGUUGUUUCUUUAUGGAGAUGUUUUGCAUAAAGUGGAACAAUGUCUUCUAUUCUGGGAAAAAGAAAGUAAAAUGUUUCUCAGUCUAGUGCAGGCUGGAAAUUCCAAGAUUAGUUUAUAUAAGAAUGACAAAUCACUUUUAUUUUUAGCUUGUCAGGAGACCUUAGAGUUCAUUAAAAGACAAGACAUCAUUGCAUCUUGCACGUAUGUAGAGCAUUACAUUGCUUUUUCAAGAUCACUGAAAAAGAAAUGAAAAAAAGAUUAGGAAAAUAAUAUGUAUUGCACUUGAAUUAGUAGAAAGGGUUUUUUUCCUAAUUAUGUCAUUCAUCUUAAAAGCAUAAAUUAGCUGGAUAGGUAGGAGUAAGACUUGUGCUUUCUCUGAGCACAAAGUCAUGAACAAAAAUGGGCAAACAGCUGAACUUUACCUUGCCUAGAUGCCCUGCUGCAUGCUCACUCAAUGCAUGCUUCUGUAUCAGCAGCCAGCUCGUUCACUGAUGAUAUGGUUUUAGGACUCAUACUGAAUUCUUGUGCAAAAUUAGGGAAAUUUAUGUGAAUGUUUGCCUGCAUUGCAUGCAGUCCUAAAUUCUUAAUGCUUUGAAAGCUUUCUCAGUCUUAUUUUGCUAGAAGUUAGUAUUUUGCCAGUAAUUUAAGUUAAGAUAUGAUGAAAUACUAUUUUUAACUUUAUGCAAAUGUUUUAUAGACAUUUAAGUAGGCUUAAUGGGUAUAUGAACUUUGUAUCCAACCAAUAUUUUGAUAUUGUGGUAAUCACAGGUUUUAUACGGAGAAUCCAGGCAGCAUAAAGAUAUUUAUUAUUUAUUCACAGGUUUACCACAUAAUAUUAUUCAGGCAUUAAGACAGCUUUCCACCUUACUGAGUAUCCCAAUAAUGCCACCUGUAUCAGGUGGAGAUAUGUUAACCUUGCAAAUGCAGAACAUGAGAGAAAUUUAAAUUCUUAGAGUAAUUGUAGUGAGUAAUUCUCAAUUUUAUUCUGUGUGAUGAUUUCCUGUAGAAAUGUGUUUAUCCUAAAACUAUUUUUAAAAUCUUGACAUUAGCUGAGAGUAGAUCAUGAUGCUUGGUUAUUUGCUAAUAGUAUUUUUUUAGUAUUCUGACAGGCAGUACAAUACUGAGAUCAUGGAUCAGAAAUUACUGCCCUAUCGAAUUUGGUAUUUGUGAAUAACUUUGUAUGAAUAAUAUGUUAGGAUCUUUGAUAUGGCAUAAAGUAAAAUUUAGGAAGCAGCUGGAAAGAGUUAUUUGAACAAGUGAAUUUGAAAAGGCAGAGGAAAGCUGAUGUGUUAUUACUGUAGGAGAUUAUUGCUCAAGAUGUUUUACAGGUAAUCCAUAGUUAUCCUAUUAGUAGCAUCCUAUUCACGUUAAAAUAGACUUGCCAAGUUCUGAUAAACAAUGUAUUAUAAAGUGAAAUAGUUUCUGAUUUUAUAACAGCCCCAGAGCUUUUUUCUCUGUGAGAACUAUGGUUUGCAUCUAGACAGAACCCACAGAACCAGCAGCUGCCUCAACAUGAUGGCAUUCUAAGCUACAUUUCUUACACUGCCCUGGCAGUGGCAGGCAGGGACCCAAAUGUCUCGAUGCCAACUCACGAGGGUUGCACAGAUCCUAGCAUCUCCUGACUCCAAGAGCAUUGGGAAUGUUGGGCUCAAAGAAAGGCAGGUGGUGAAUGUGGGUAACCUUAGGCAGUAGCUGAGCAGGUUUCAGAGGGCUUGAGAUUACAGUGUUGGACAGACAGACAGGUGGAAAUUUGACUUCUGAAUCCUUCAUUGGAGAUAGAUCUUGAAAUUCUCUUCUAGAAGUGGAGUUGUACAAGUAAUAGAUUACACCGUAUAAUUUUCGCCAUGUAUAUGUGUACGCUUGUCCCAACCCAGCACUGAGACCUACACAGACUGAUAAAAAGCAUUUCUGUACUAAUAGUGUUUUCCACAGUAUAAUUAAAGAGUUUCUGCUGUAGUCCAUUAGGUGUUGGUGUAUUUGAUUUGGGAAAACAGAAUUAGAAGAAAAAAACAUUACUCCGUUAUGCAUAUGCUUGUUCUUUCAAUAUGCCAUGACUAAAUGUACACGCUACUAGAUUUAAUAUUUAAAAUUUUGCUACAAAAUAAAAAGAUUUUCGCUAGCUCUCAU